AUGAAGCCGCCUCGCUUCAACGGGGUGCUGACGACAGAAGCUUCUGGGGAAGCCGCGGAGGCUUUAGAGAGCGAAAUAUCUUCUCUAUUAAGCCGAGGGGCGGUUCGCAUUGUACCGGAGGGGGAGAGAAAUCAGGGUUUUUACUCCCGUUAUUUUCUCAUCCCAAAGAAAGGCGGUUCGCUACGUCCGAUCCUGGAUCUGCGUUGCCUCAAUCUACACCUCCGAAAAUACAAGUUCAAAAUGCUCACACACAAUGUUCUGUUCCGAUCCAUCAGACCAGGCGAUUGGUUCACUUCUGUGGAUCUGCAGGACGCUUAUUUUCAUAUAAGCAUAUAUCCAGCACACAGGAAAUAUCUCAGGUUUGCUUUCAAGGGAGCAGCCUACGAGUACCAGACCCUGCCUUUCGGGCUGUCAUUAGCUCCGAGGGUCUUCAGCAAAUGUGUGGAAGCAGCUCUGAACCCGGUGCGAGCAUCGGGCCUCAGAGUGUUUGCUUAUCUGGACGAUUUUCUCCUUUGCGCUCCCAGCAGGGAGGAGGCGGGGAGGGACACGCAGAGACUGAUAGUCAGGCUGAGCAGCCUAGGCUUCAGUUCGGGCGGAAAAUUUUCGCCGUCACUUGGCUCUCUUUCAGCGGGGAAAUUCAGUGUCAUUACGAGACUGUCUUCGGCUGUCAGGGCUGAUGGCAUCAUCAAUUUCUGUCGUCCCUCAGGGACUGCUGAAAAUGAGGGAUUUUCAGCGCUGGGUAACCUCGCUGCGCCUGGACGCACGACGUCAUCUCAGACGUAUGGUGAGGGUUUCCCCGGAAUGCUGCCUAGCUCUCCGUUACUGGAGAGACCCGGGGAUAUUCACUUCCGGCGUCCCACUGGGAGCCGUAGUGAUGAGGAAAACAGUUACGACAGAUGCCUCGUUAACGGGGUGGGGAGCGGUUUUCGAGGGGAGGUCAGUGAACGGGACCUGGCCCCCGACGCUUCUCCAGGCACAUAUAAACUACCUGGAGCUGUUGGCUGUUUUCCUGGCACUCAAACAUUUUCUGCCUCUCCUGGGAAGGUGUCAUGUGUUGGUCAGAGCGGACAACACAACAGCCGUAGCCUACAUAAACAGACAGGGAGGCACGCGCUCUGUGAAGUUACACAGGCUGGCUCAGAGUCUGAUAUUAUGGGGCAGCGAACACCUGUUGUCGUUACGCGCGGCGCACGUGCCGGGUGUACUGAACAGCGGAGCGGAUUUACUCUCCAGAGGGAAUCCCCUGUAUGGCGAGUGGAGACUGAACCCCGAGGUGCUCCACCAGGUAUGGGAGAGGUUCGGCCGAGCGUCCGUAGAUCUCUUCGCAUCGCACGAAAACGCACAGUGUCCCCUGUUUUUCUCGUUAAGAGACCGGGACGCACCGCUGGGUGCGGACGCACUGGCGCACCCGUGGCCAAACGUGCUGCUGUAUGCGUUUCCUCCGCUCGGCCUCAUCACUCCGAUUCUGAUCAGAGUGAGGGAACAGAAGUUAUCACUAAUCCUGAUAGCUCCUUACUGGCCCAGCAGACCGUGGAUGGCGGAGCUGAUGCAGCUCGUCCACAGCCAGCCAUGGCCGUUGCCGUUACGCGCGGACUUGGUGUCACAAGCGCGCGGGCAGAUUUUUCAUCCACACCCCGAACGGCUGGCUCUCUGGGCUUGGCACGCGAGAGGGUGAAUUUACAGGAGUCUGGUCUCCCAUCUAGGGUGAUUGAGACUAUUCAAUGCGCAAGGGCGCCAUCCACGCGAUCAUUAUAUGAUAAUAAAUGGCGCGUGUUUGAACGGUGGUGUGAGGCUAAGCAGAUUAUUCCGUUUCAGUGCUCGGUCCCAGAGGUGUUAUGCUUCCUGCAGGACUUAAUGGACGGUGAUAAAGCUUUUUCCACCAUUAAGGUUUAUUUGGCCGCUGUUUCAGCUUGUCAUGUGGGGUUUGGAGGUGCACCUGUCGGGCAGCACCCUCUAAUUAAGAGGUUCAUGCGGGGUGCGCGCCGCCUGCGGCCCGUGCGUAAACCUCUGGUCCCGUCAUGGGAUUUACCCAUGGUUCUGGAGGCGCUCUCAGGGUUGCCCUUCGAGCCGUUAGAGUUUGCUGAUUUAAAGGUACUCUCCCUUAAAACUAUCCUGCUUCUGGCUUUGACAUCAGCUAGCAGGAUCGGUGAGUUACAUGCUUUGUCUGUGCACGACUCAUGUAUGCAGUUCUCCGCAGAUUAUGGGAAAGUGAUACUACGUCCUAACCCGGCAUUUGUGCCUAAGGUUAGUGAUUCUGCCUACAGCUGUUCCACACUUGAGCUGCUCGCUUUUCACCCACCGCCGUUUGCAGGAGAGGAUGAAAAACGGCUCAAUGCUCUGUGUCCUGUGAGAGCUUUACGCAUCUACGUGGACAGGACCAAAGGGUUCAGAAAGAGCAACCAGCUUUUCGUGUCCUGGGCUCCUUCUCACAGGGGGAGGGCCCCGACGCGCCAGCGCCUGUCACACUGGGUGGUGCAGGCUAUAAUCCUGGCUCACGAGAGUCGUGGGCUGCAGCCCCCGGAUGGGCUUCGGGCCCACUCCACCAGGGGCAUAGCCACCUCAUGGGCCCUUUUCAGGGGCGUAUCAGUGAGGGAUAUUUGUGCCGCUGCCAGUUGGGCAUCCCCACACACGUUCAUUCGGUUUUACAGGCUGGAUGUGACCAAGACUUCUCUGGCUCAUUCAGUCCUGAGUGUGGGUUCAGGUUGAUUGCGUGCUAGCCCAUGGGGAGGGUUUAGGGUGUCGACCCACUGCGGGUCGCGGCUUUGAGGGCUUCGGAGCAUGCAAAUCCGGGAGUGGGCUAUAUCUCCCAUAGUGAGAUACCGAGGGAGGUUUGAAAGAGAACUUUAGGUUACUCACGUAACCCCGGUUCUCUGAUAACCGAGUGAGGUAUCUCACACACACUGCCCUACUUGCAUAGGUGGGGUGGAAGAAAUACGCUUGAGAAUGGCGG